AUGAUGGACAGGAAAACGUUUCAACAUCUCUCAAGUAGACUUGAUCUACUUGAAAUAUUACUGGGUGAUAUCAAUUCCGAUUCAGAUAAGUCCCUUCAGGAUCAGAUAGUCGAUUUGGAACGUAAAACAGGAUCUGUGUAUGGACAAAAUGCAGAAUUUCAAUCGUUAUUUACAAUGUUAAAGGAGCUUGGACUCUUGAAUAAACCAGCUAACAAAACUAAUGAACAAUCUGAAACAGUCAUUGAUGAAAUUGACUCAGAAUCAAAGAAAGCGGAAAUAGUAUUGCAUUAUGCAGUUGUCAACGAAGCAUAUAACAAUUUAAAUCAAUUAUCAACAAUGAAUAUCCCAAAGUUAAUCAAUUAUAUCUCCCAAAGUCAAGAGAAAACUCACAACUUCAAUCAAGAUCCAUUGAAGAUUAUGGAAAGACAAAAAGAAUUAGAGUCUAUUUCCCAAACAUUCCAUAAUUUGGUCAUGAAAAAUGUCAUUGUCUUUGAAAAAUAUAUUAGACUCAUUGCUGAAGAGAAUGAGUUCUGGUUAGAAACAGAGGCUAAAUUAAAAAUCUUACAAGCUUCAAUCAAAAAUAAGGAAAAUAAGAAACAAGAAAUGAGUAAAUAUUAA